AUGGCACCUAUCGGUGACCAAGGUCGCGACGAUCUCUACUACUCUCAAAUCGGUAUGGGUACACCGCAAUUGACGUAUAAUGUCGCACUUGAUACGGGUAGCUCGGAUUUCUGGAUUAUGGACACGAGUUGCACGCCUGCGGACGGUUGUGAGGCUACGACGCCCCGCUACGACGCUUCCAAGAGCUCGUCCGCCCAGUCGAGUAAUAUUUCGUAUGAAAUUCGCUAUCCUAACACCACGAUCUAUGGUAUUCUUGGAACGGAAAACGUGACGUUCGCCGGCUACGAUGUCUCGGGCCUUUCGUUUGCGCGCGCGUUGAAGCUCUAUUCGAACGACAUGUUCCCAGCUCCCAUCAGCGGGCUGAUGGGUCUAGGCUUUCAAACGCUGAACAAGAACCCCAUCACACCUUUCUGGCAAGUCAUUUCGAUCCAGGGCCAGACCAAAGACCCCGUCUUUACCGUGCAGAUCGCGGACAACUACAACGCCACGCACAACCGCACGGAUCUGACGCCUGGUGGUGUGUUUACGCUCGGAUACCUUGACCAUCAGCAGUACACGGGCGAUAUUGCGUGGAUGCACAUUGCGCCCAAGUACGGCUCUAAGGGCUAUGGAUGGUGGGCGGUCGAGAUGGACUCGUUGUCGGUGAAUGGCAACAAUAUCGACCUGGGCGGCGAAACCGUCGUUGCUGUGGACACGGGUACGACGCACAUUGGUGGUCCGGCUAACGUUGUCGAGGCUGUGUACGACCAGAUUCCGGGCUCAACUCCUGCGUCGAAGCAGUACUACAACUUUGAGUACUCCUACCUCAUCCCUUGCGAGCAACAGUUUCAGGUGGACUUUGCGUUCGGUGGAAGGAACUUUACGUUGACCAACGAGCAACUGAACUUGGGCCCCGCCGACGACGACGACAAGAUGUGCGUCAGCGCGCUGUACGUCUUCCUCGGCGAUGGCUAUACGCCGCGCUGGCUGCUCGGUGAUACCUUCCUCAAGACGGUAUUUUCCGUAUUCAGCUGGAAGCCCGAACGUGUCGGCUUCGCGAGUCUAUCGAGCAAGGAUGGCCAGGUGCUCCCGACUACGUCGGUCCCUCUGGCGCCCUCCUUCUCGGGCAAUGCGGCGCAGGUGCACCUGACUGACCUCCCAUCUAUCACUUCGGAUUCCGCCAACACAAAGCAGACUGGAGUUACUGCUGCCAGUGUACUUUCUAUGGCCUCAGUUGAGGUGCACAGCCCCUCGAUCCAGCCCCUCAGCGUGUACAGACCACCGACGGCCACCUCGGGAGCGCACCGUGCCUAUUCGAUCCAGUUUGCACUCUAUAUUGUCCUCCUUUCCGUGACACUGGCAUGCGUCCUGUGCUAA